CCUGGCCUGCUGUAGAGUGUAUGAACUGACGUGAAUUCCCCCUCAUCUCAGUCGUCAGUUCCACUGGAGCUCUUGCAGACUACAGUCACAGGAGACUACUGAAGAGGACAAUGGAGUACCUGCAAUCCUAUCACUGUUUACUCUGCUACCUUCUGCUGGCUCUUAGAGAUCCUGCACUCUGUGCUAAAGAGAUCACUGUUAGCCCAGCCAACCCCGUUGUCAAGGUGGGAGAUGCUGUGACGUUGAUCUGUGAGACAACCUGCACCCAAGGCAAACCACACUGGAUGAUACUAGACGAGAGCGAUGUCACUCAGAAUACCACAAAAAACAGAAGUUAUCUCCAUAUUGCAGCUGUACACCCGAAUCACGAGGGAAAGUAUACCUGCACAGCAGAAAAAUGUAGGAAACAGAAGAAGGAAACAAUCCAGCUCAGAGUUUACUCUUUCCCGGUGCCUGUCCUGUCCACAGUGCCAGAGAACCCUGUCUCUGGUCAACCUUUUAAGGUGAAAUGCACACUGACAAACGUUUACCACGGAGAUUAUGACACCGUUGAGAUGCUUCUCUCGCACCUUGAGAGGCUUGAAACAGAACACUCCAAAAACUGUAAUGAUGACAGAUUUUGUGAUCAUACGUGGUCUUCUAAGGAUCAGAUGGGCACUAGCAAAACAGAUUAUCAGUGUGAAACCAAUCUUACUAUUGGCCCUAACAGCUUUACUGAAAAGGCUCGUCUUGCCAUAUAUUUCCAGGGUGAUGCUGGUGAUGACUAUAAUGAUCCCAGAAGCACUGCCAUGUCUCCUGAACAGAUGGAAACACAAACAUCAGAACCUGUCAGUACAGAAGGCAAAGGUCAAGGUGAUGCUGGUGAUGACUAUAAUGAUCCCAGAAGCACUGCCAUGUCUCCUGAACAGAUGGAAACACAAACAUCAGAACCUGUCAGUACAGAAGGCAAAGGUCAAGGUGAUGCUGGUAAUGACUAUAAUGAUCCCAGAAGCACUGCCAUGUCUCCUGAACAGAUGGAAACACAAACGUCAGCGCCUGUCAGUACAGAAGGCAAAGGUCAAGCAGUGGAGGCCUCCAGCUCCACCACCACGGCCAUGGUUGCACUGGGCUCCACAGUGGGAUUCCUAUCCAUUCUCUGCUUCCUGGUUCGCCUGAUCAAACGGAGUAAACGCAAGUCACCCUCCAGUGGUCCCGAGAACCAUCCUGAUGGCUGCUGACCACCAUGACAUCAGCUUCAUUUUAUGUUCUCAAGUUUUUGUUUUGUCCUAUGUGUUAAACGUGCAACUUCCUAUAACAACUCAAAAGUAAUGUAUACUGAAUCUGAUCUCCCCAUGUAAUGCCUGCUGUAUAAAUCUUUUUUUUUAGCUAGCUAUUAAAAUUAAAGCAAACAUAUAUCCUACAAAUAAUAAUGUACUGGGAAAAUGCCAAAGAAGAACAGUCAACCAGAAACAUUGUAACUAACAUAAAGCAUACUGUUUGAUUCAUAUUAUAUGUUCAUAAUAAACCUCUUGAGAAACAGGA